UUUCUGCCUUCAUGCUGCGGUCAUACUUUAUAGUGGAAACCCCUCUGCAUGGUUGCUCUCGUGCUACUCCACACUAUAAAACAAACAAAUUAUUAAAACAAAGCUUCGGUCAGCCUAAAACAUGCCGGCGAACUUGUCCGCUGUGGUCUUCCUGCUCCUGGCCUGUCAGCAGGUGUUGACCGUGGAUCAGCAUGAUGUCCUGGAGAAACAACUGGCCAAAAGACGCCUCUCUCUGCAGAGCACAGCGGAGAUUCAGAGUUGCCUGGUGAGUUCAGGGGAUGUCGGCUGUGGGACGUUCCAAUGUUUCAACAACAACUCCUGUGAAAUCCAAGGGCUGCAUCACAUCUGCCUCACUCUGCUGCACAAUGCAGGGCGCUACGACUCACAGGGCAAGUCAUUUGUGAAGGAUGCGUUGCGGUGCAUGGCGCUGGGACUGCGGCAGCGCUUCAGCUGUGUGAGCCGCCGGUGUUCAGCGGUAAAAGAGAUGGUGUUCUCGCUCCAGAGAGAGUGCUACUCCAAACACCAGCUCUGCCUGGCGCUAAGAGACCACAUGGAUACCAUUGGCAACCUGGUUCAAUUCCACCUGAUGUUUCCCUCGGGACCAUACGUGGAGCUGAUGAACUUCCUGUUGAAUUGUGGAGACGAAGUCGGGUUGUGGGUCGGCCAGCGGCUGCGCGGGCAAUGCAUGCAACACUGGGGGGCGCUGUGCAGCAGCUUUGGCAGCACCUGCUCUCUCAGCCAAUCGGACGCUCUGCAGCACACCACCACCCCACCACCCACCGUGGCCUUGGCUUUCACCACUCAAGGACCCCUGCAGCAGCCAACCAGAGCUGCCGGACCAGAGUUUAGUCCGAUCGACAACGCGACCAAAUCUGGUCUCCCUGUGUCUAAUAAAUCCAAUGUUACUGCUUCCUAAACAGACGGUCGAGUUACACAGAGUUGCAGACAGGGUACACAAAGAUCAAGCACUUAUUACUAUUAUAUAAGUAGUAGGAUGAGUAAAAGUAGUGGUAGUGGUUUGAUGUAACAUUGCUGGUGAAAGCAAUGCAACAUAACUUAUUCAAUCUGUUGGGUAUUUGUGCUAUAUUAAUAUUUUCCUUUACACUAGACUUUGUAAAAGGAUGAAAACCAAUUAUCUACCUCACUUCAACAUCACAGUCCACCACAGUGGCUGUACGCUUCAGCAAAGGGCAUGGACACACACGAGUAAACACUACAGGGAAUCACUCAAGUGCAAUUGAUGGCUCAGAGUGAGUAUUCUACCUGUUUCAAUCAGUUUUUGUAUAUAUGAGGAUUGUUAUAGGCAUCAUAAAGUUGACAGGUCAUCAAACGUUAUCUUGUAGACAGUCAGGGUGCAGGAAGGGAAGCACUCUUUGGUUAUCACGUGUUAUAAAUAUGUAUUUUUAAUGUUCUACUUGAGCGAUCACAUUUCAUACAGACCCCAGGAUUCAAGCUAUGUUUUGUAAGUUUUUAUUUAAUUUAAUCUAAAAAACAUUUUUAAGCAUUUUGAUUGAAGUUAAAUAAACUACAAUAACGUCACUGGACAGAGAGAAGUGUGUUAAUUAGUCAGUCCUGUGCUGUAAAAUAGUUCUUCACACAAAUUAACAGUACAGCAUCUCUGAGGUAUUAAAUGUUGGGUAUCCUGCCACCUACUGGCGCAUCUGUGGCAAUGCCUCGCAACAAUGUAUCCCUCAAAAAUCACCUUUAUUCUAACAAACACUGAUUAACAUUCACACAACGACAACAUGGCAGACACGCUUUAAAGGUUCAGUAAGUAAUCAGAUUUCUAAAUCAGUUGUCUAGACAACCGAAGGUAGAAAGGCACAUAGUCCCCAAUAACUAACAAUGGUGAGAGCCGACAAACAUGCACACUUCCUCUGUUGAACACACACACAGAUUGUAAUUUUA